GAGGUGUAGCCUGACGCGGCCUCUUACGUGUCGGACUGAAUAAAAAGUGGAGCUCCGGAGACCCGGGAGUGACGCGAAGAGAGAGAGAGGGAGAGUCAGUGAGACUGUUCGGGAGCGGGCAGGCCGUCCUAGCAUCUGAGUCCACCCUGUUCCUCUGCUGGUUUUCUAAAUGACCAUGGACGCAGGAGCAGACACUGCUGUCUCUGAGACAGAAACACAGCAGAUUGCCACCUUGGCACAGGUAACCAUGGCGGCAGGCCAGGCCUCAGUCACUGGGCCCACAGUGACCCUGGUGCAGCUCCCAAAUGGUCAGACAGUGCAGGUUCAUGGGGUGAUCCAGGCUGCCCAGCCCUCAGUCAUCCAGUCUCCUCACAUCCAGGCCAUACAGAUCUCUACCAUUGCAGAGAGUGAGGACUCUCAGGAGUCAGUGGACAGUGUGACAGACACUCAGAAACGGAGGGAGAUCCUCUCUAGACGCCCUUCAUACAGGAAAAUCCUGAACGACCUUUCAUCAGACACUCCCGCAGUAGCACGGAUAGAGGAGGAGAAUAACGAAGAGGAGCAAGCUCCUGCCAUCACUACAGUCACAGUGCCCACUCCAGUUUACCAGACAAGCAACGGUCAAUACAUCGCCAUCACACAAGGCGGAGCUAUCCAGCUAGCCAAUAACUGCACAGACGCCGUUCAGGGCUUACAGACUCUGACGAUGACCAACACGGCAGGCGCCCAGCCGGGCACCACCAUCCUCCAGUAUGCUCAGACCAGCGAUGGCCAGCAGAUCCUAGUGCCCAGUAACCAAGUGGUGGUGCAGGCUGCAUCCGGUGAUGUACAGGCAUACCAGAUCCGCACAGCGACAGCUGGCACCAUCGCUCCCAGUGUGGUAAUGGCAUCGACUCAGGGGGGUACAGAGGAGGUCACACGCAAGAGAGAGGUUCGCCUCAUGAAAAACAGGGAGGCAGCGCGGGAGUGUCGUCGCAAGAAGAAGGAGUAUGUGAAGUGUCUGGAGAAUCGUGUGGCCGUGCUGGAAAACCAGAACAAAACCCUAAUCGAGGAACUCAAAGCACUUAAGGACCUGUAUUGUCACAAAUCGGAAUAAUUCCUCCGCUGUCCACAUAUUUACCCCAACCGCUUAUGUCUCAGCUGCCGGACUGACCUGCUUUCCCCCAGGUUCUUCUUAAAGAGACAGUGACUUUCCUUUUACAGGGACUUGGGGGUCCUCUUUUGUCUUUUCGUUUUGUUUUUUUUUUGUUUUUUUUUAAAUAUUGGCCUAUACAUGUAAAUGAGUGAUGCUAAAUGUAAUAUUGCCUUUAUUAUGUCCUGUAAAAGAUGCUAACAUUUUAAAGAGUGUGUUUUCACAGCUUAAACGGAAGAGGGAGGCCCUCUCAGUGAGAUUGCAGACAGGGUGGGGUAAUAAAGGCAGCUGAAUAUCCUGGGGAAAUCUCAAAACCAUCUAUGGCCAAACAUUAGGAGAUCAAAGCCUGUGUGGAGUCUUUGCUUAGAAUGAAAUCACAUAAUGGUGAAGGUUACAAUUCAGUUUCCCACACUGCACUGCUUUUGGAUGGCCAUAGCUCCUUUAAUGACGUCGACCUUUGGGGAUUUGUAGUUUGUCCAGUAUAAACGAGUGGAACUUUAGCUAAUGGAUUAAUGUACAUUUGAUCAGCUGAGCACAUUUCUAUGGUUUGACUGCUACUGUUACUUACACUUGCACCCUAUUUUGAUAUGAAAAUCUAUAAAAAUAAGAAACAGAUCAACUAUGGAA